GUCUUCGUCUUCCCACCAGAUACAUCGAUAUUUCUUCAGAAUGGGCUCUAAUCUUCCUUAUGCCGCCGAUGCUGAGAGUCCGCUAAAGCCAGCGGAACUUCAGGUGCUCCGCGCCCAGUAUGAGAAGGAAGGUGACUACGUGGGAAUUCAGACCAAGUUCAACUACGCCUGGGGUCUGAUCAAAUCCAACGCCCGGGUCGAACAACAAGAGGGUGUCCGUCUGCUGUCGGAGAUCUUCCGCGCUGCGCCUGAACGACGUCGCGAAUGUCUGUACUACCUCGCGCUGGGUAACUACAAGCUCGGUAACUACGGCGAAGCCCGUCGGUACAACGAUCUACUGCGUGAUAAGGAACCCGGGAACCUGCAGGCCGCUAGUCUAGGCCAGCUCAUCGAUGAAAAAGUGUCCAAGGAGGGCCUGAUGGGUAUUGCCAUUGUGGGAGGGCUGGCGCUGGCGGCCGGCGUAGUGGGUGGAUUGGUGAUGCGGGGGGCAAAGAGACGCUGAGGGAUGGCAGAGACUGUGAAUUGAUUGUUCUGGGUGCAUGAGUGUAAAUAAGGUUGUUCGGGUGUUUUUAUUCUUGCAUUGGGGCGUUCUGACAGCAAGAUUGGAUGCGUGAUUAAUGUUAAUGGAUGCUAUCACUACUACUACUGCU